UUUUUUCUAGUAAUGUCCCAUCCCUAGAAAGUCACGUGACCAGCUUGCGUUUGAGCGCACUAACAGCUAUUGUAAAUAGAGGCUGUAAAUAUAACGUAUAUAGUUUAAAGAUGAGUUUGGGUGCGCGCGCCACCAAGGGUGGUGCGAAGGGGGGCGCUAAGGACAGCAAGCAUGCACAGGACACCCGGAAGAGCACAGACAAAACCCAGAGCAAGGAGAAGGUGAAACCACAGGCAACAACAGAACAGCUCCGCAUGGCACACAUGAUCGAUCGUAAAAGCGAUGACGCGUCUGACGUUCGAAGAAUGGUGCUGGAGCUGAUGGAGAUGACAUGUCGUACCGAGGAAGAAGUGUGCUCGGCACUUCACGACUCGGACAACGACAUGGUCGUCGCCUGCAACCUGUUACUCGAAGAGAGCCAGCGGAUACAGGGCGAGUGGCAAACAAGUGAGAAAAAGAAAAAGAAGCCACCAGCUCCCGCGGGCAACGGCGAGUUAGACCCACCACGAGACCCACGCAGUCGCUCCGGACCCAGGCCACGCCGAGGGUCGGGCGAGCGGGGCGAGCGCGGCGAGCGGGCGCCGGUGUCGGAGCGCGCGGCGGGCCCGGAGCGGCGCGGCGAGGGCUCGUGGCGCGGGGGGCGGGGCGCGCCGCGCGGCGCGAGCGGCCGCGGGGGCGCGCGCUCGGCGCGGGGGGCGCCGCCCCGCCGCCUGCGCCCCGACCGGGACCCCAACUGCUGGAACGACCCACAGCCCGCCGGUGGCAACAACAUCGUCGACACAUUCCCCACCACAGAAGACUGGGACAACGAGGAGUGGUCCGGUUCCCUAUCAGAUACCAAGGUGUUCACCCCGAGCGCGGCGGCCGCGGCGGCCGCGCCGGCCGCAGACCUGGCCGCGCCCGCGCCCGCCGCCGAGUGGGAGGGCACGGAGGGCGGAGGUCCGCUGGAGGCGCACAUACCCACGUACACGUACCACAACUCCGCGCACAUACCCGCGCACCCGCACCAUCAACUGCGAGAGCAGCAAAUAAACUCAGUAAGCCGGCAGUCGCCGGUGAGCGUGGCGCCGGUGGUGGUGGCCAGCGUGGCUAGUGUAGCGGGUGUGGCGGGCCCACCCAGCAACAACACGCAGCCCCCGCCCCCCGCCACCCAGCCCGACACACAGCCCGCGCCAGACACGUACCACCACCAGGUGCACCAUCAGCCCAUGGGUAUGUCAGGCAGUCUAACGGCGGCGCAGUCACAGUACCUGUCGCAACUCACGCAACAAUCGCAGAGGCAUGACAAUAGUGUGUACACGUCCAACUACGGCGUGUACGGGUCCACAGACAUGUCCAGUCAGAGGAAACCACAACGGGCCAGAGUACCGCCGCCUUCUAAGAUUCCAUCGUCUGCGGUGGAGAUGCCGGGCGGGGCGGAGGGCGCGAUGUUCCUAGAUGUACAGUUCGGGGCACUCGAACCUGAGGCAUUGAGGGACAAUACCACACCCAAACCGUCGACGCCGGGCACGGAGGCGAGUGCGAGCGCGGCGCCCCCCCCCGCGGCGGCCGCGCCCCCCCCGCGCCCCGACCCCGCGCCCGACGCCGCGCCCGCGUACUCCAACAACAUGCUAAACGAGAAUCUAUCUACAGUAGAGCCUGCGCCAGUCUCUGUACCACCACCCACUAGUGAACCUACCGUCACAAACACUACUUCGUCGCUGGACGCGUCCCUGGCGGCGUCCAUGAAGCAGCUGGCGGCCGGCGAGGGCCCGCCCGCGCCGCACCACCGCCCCAAGAUGUCCCCGCAGGCGGCCGUGUACGCGGCGCACGCGGUGUCGCACCACCCGGCCGUGUACGGCGCCAACGUGUACGCGCCACAGGUGAACUCGACGGUGGCGUCCCUGACGGGCGGGUCGGGCAUGUCGGUGACGUACGGCGGCGGCAGCGGCGCGCUGAGCCAGUACGGGCCCAUGCUGUCGUCGUACGUCACGUCGCCGUCCGCCGCCGCGUACGCCGGCUCGGCGCUGUACACGCCGGCGCCGUACGCGCCCUACACGCCCGCCAUGCCCAAGCAACCCGCCAAGGAGAACGCACAGUACGAGAGCUCAGUAGCGUCGAGUAAUAGUUUAACUAGCACGACGACGCAGACACAAACCUCCACAGCCAAAGUAGCAACUACCACAGUAUCAGGGCACGGGUCGUCGGGCUACGCGUCGGGCGCGCUGUACGGCGCGGGGGCGACGCCCUACGCGCCCUACGAUGACCAAAUCAUGCGCUCCAGUCUACCACACCAUAUGGGUGGUUACUACGAGGUAGGCUACGGCGGCCGGGACGCGACGUUUGGUCUCAGCGCCGGCGAACGAUUCGGACGAACUGACGCCGCCUCGCCUCAACAGGUCCCCGCGGCAGCGCUGCCUCCCGGCUACGCGUACUUCGCGUACCAACCUCCACCCACCACGUAUCAAUAUGGAGUUUAUCCCACUUACGGCGGUGGCUCCAACGUGGGCGGAGUAGGCGGAGUGGGCGGAGUCGGGGGAGUUGGCGGAGUGUCGGGGCAAGGCAAGGUCUCCACCUACACGCAACAACAACCUUACGACGCACAGGACUCAUACAAACCUGGUGGCCCGUACAGUGGUACGGCGAACAAGUCUGCAGGCGGCGCGGCCGCGGAUCUCACUAACGCCAUGUAUGCCAAGACUCACGUCGCACUCAACAAGGUCAACAGUUACGAGAAGGCGUCGUUCCACAGCGGCACGCCGCCCCCCUUCGGCGGCGCCUCGCACCUCUACAUCCCCGCGCCCCCCCACCACCACCCCCACCACCACGCGCCCCAGCAGCACCAGAUGGAUGUACGGGUGAACAGUAGUCAUAGGCGGGAGAGCGGUGCGGGGGGCGGGCGCGCGUCGUCCAGUAAGCCGGCCGCGAGCAAGCCGAGCUACUCGCAGUCGUACUGGGCGCCUAACUAGCCAGUCUACAGGCGCGGGUCGGGCGGUCCUCCGAUGUAUACCUAGCUCAAUACUGAACAUAACAUGCGACACCCAACCAGCAUUACUAUAUAAAUUCAUUGUGUAAAGGCAUCGCCGCCGUCACAAACCUACGUUUUUUUUUCUUUUUUUUAACAAGAUGUCGUGGUAAAGUGAUGCAAUAUAAUUAUGUAUUCUAUUCGUUAAGCGUCGUGGCGACGUCGGUGCACUCUCAUCUCAUUCGUUAAGUCCGCUAUCAUAGGUUUCAAUUGUUUAAAAGAAAUUACCUCUAGUGCUAUGUAUAUCUUAUAAAGUAUGUAUAUGUAUGUAAGCAUUUGGUACGCUAUGCGCGCCGAAGUUUUUUAUUUAGUUGACAUACUUUUUGUAAUUAACACUUAUUAUUAAAAAAUGAUUAAAGAGAUGUCAUAGGACGAUAAUCGUAAUUGUAACGAGUAUCAUAGUCGAGCUCUUUUAUAUGUGGAAGAAUGCAGUUGUGAUGAUCUCGCGGGCAUUUGAAAGUAUGACGGAUUACACAUAUUGGAACUUGAA